CAUACGUAUUAAGUAAAUUUAAAGAUGCACAAUCUAGAAAUUUUUGUUGGUGUGUUAUUAAACGGUAUUUUGAAAACAGUCCAUUAUACAUGAGUACCUUGUACACAAUUUACACAUGUAUUCUGAUUGACCUCUGAAGUCAACUAAAUGUGAUAUUGUGACAAAGCUGAUAAAAAAAACCGUUUACGUAACAAUUGUUUUUAUAAACAAUUUUAUUGAAUGCAGGUUUCCUGAUAAUUAAUAACCUAAAAAAGUAAUAAAAUAAACUUACUUUACCAGCAUUACACAUGCAAUAGCGUAAUCUUUCGUAUUUACGUUAGAAAUGGCGCAAUUAACCUUACUUGCGAGAUAAAUAAAAUGUAAAUGUUCAACAUAGUAUCUAUGUUCAACAGUGUAAUUGGCUAAUGCUUCCAAUGGAAAAUAUUAUUUUCAAGAGGUGAUAAUUUGAAACGAGCAGAAAUAUAUUUUUGAAAGGUAACACAUGGCUUAGUAAUUAUUAGUGAUUUAAUUAUAAAAUAUUUUAUUAUGGACAAAUCUAUUUCUGUUAACAGUAACGAUUUCAAUUAUGGCCAAAGGAUUGACGGUCGUAUUAAGAGUGAAACAAACAGUCCUCUUUCUCGAGAACAACUGAACAAAAGAAGCAGCAGUUUAGGAAACAUAAGAAAUUCAAGUGCUUCAACACAUAAUACAGCAGAUGAGGAAGAUGAAAUUGAAAACAAAACUUCACCACUAAGUUAUAAAGAAAGAAGAAGAGAAGCUCAUACACAGGCUGAGCAAAAACGACGAGAUGCCAUCAAAAAAGGUUAUGAUACCUUACAAGAAUUAGUUCCUACAUGCCAGCAAACUGAUUCUUCAGGAUACAAAUUAAGCAAAGCUACAGUACUUCAGAAGUCAAUCGAUUACAUUCAGUACCUUCAUCAGCAGAAGAAGAAACAGGAAGAGGAACGGAACGCUCUAAGAAAGGAAGUAGUAGCCCUUCAGAUAAUGCAAACUAAUUAUGAACAAAUUGUAAGAGCCCAACAGGCUCAACCUGGUCAGACGGAAAUGCGGGUUUCUGAUGAAGUCAAAUUUUCAGUGUUUCAGUUAAUAAUGGAGCAACUUUUCGUCACGUUUAGCAGUGUUUCUGUGAGCAAUUUUAGAGAAUUAUCUGCCGGUGUUUUCAGUUGGUUAGAGGAGUACUGUAAGCCGCAAACUCUCAAAGAUACAGUUUUUCGUGUCUUACAGAGACACAACAAAGAUUUUAAUCAACAACGCGAUCUUCAAACUAAUUGACCAAAGAAGGUGCAAGUUUUUGUUUUGUUGUUUUUCCUUUGAAAUUUUGUA